AUGGCAAGAGACUUCCAGUGCAGAAUUUCUAAUGUAACGCUAGUCUGGAACGCGCGCUUGCGAGCAUACUUCCAAGAAAUUGAUAGCAAAUCGAUGUAUGCACUCAACCUUGCUGUCACUCUAAUAUCACGACUUCACACUGCCGAUAUCUUAAAACUCCGACGACGCCUUGACACUUCGGCGAGACACCAACCAGCAGGCCUGGAUCUAGCAUCCCCUGCAACACGUCCAAGAUGCACGACCAAUCGUCAAUUUCCCCACAGUCUCGACACCAGCUGGAAAGUUUCUCCCAUUUGUAGCCCGAUUCGGGAUUUAAUUAAUUCCCAGCUCAAAAUAGGCCCGCAUGCAACAUAUUGUGCCUUGCAAAGAGCUGGUUGCAGUCAAAUUUUUCCGAAGAACGGCCGUGAAAAGAAAACCACAUUUCUUUCUCUUCUCCUCAACUUCCAGCUAUUGGUUAAGCGAGGAGGCAGGCCAACCUCAAUUUCUCAGCCCAAAGCUCCUGGUCCUGAAGUUGGAAGGUUUGAGAAGAAUUGUUGCCUGGGUGUUUUCGCUGACACCACGACGUUUUCUUUGCGCACCUACUUAAUCACACUUCAAAUCACACCGAAUCACACACUGGAGAGCAUUGUACAACAUCUCGAUAAUGAGAUGUUCCUCCACUUACCUAGCACAUCACAUCGGGGUAAAGAGUUGGCCAUGGCAGGCAACGAGUAUCUCUCUUAG